AUGGAAGUGCUGCGCCUGACAGCGGGAGCGGCGGCUCGAGGGAGCGGCCGCCGCCCCCAAGUGCACGUCGUGGACGGGAGGGUCUUGGUGUACGACCCGGCGAGCGCGGCCACCCUCCUGUCCGAGCAUCGCAUCUGGGCAACUCCUGUCGGCGUCAGGCGUGCUCGCAACAAGUCUCCCGAGCACAGCUUUCCUUGCGUGCUGUCUCCAGAGCAAGCCACCUUGGUCUUACGCAGACGCCUCGCCGAUGUCUUUUACCCACGCCACUCGUCCGCCUCGGAAACGGGGUGUCAUGGCCACGAGACCCUCGAAGAGAGGCAUUCAGACGACGGCGACGGGGGCGCCGAGGAACAAGAGGACGCGAACGUACCGAUGACCACUAAGAAGGUCUGUCAUGACCCACCGCGCUCGUUGGACUCGAAGUGGCGAUUUCCUGAGACCGCGGUAGGGACAAAGUCGACGGCCGUGUUCGAGGAUCUGUGGGCCAAGGGAUUGUGCCCGGCCAGCGGGAGUAAUUACGCCGCGGAUUUCGUGGUGUACAACGGUCCUCCAACAGAGCGUCACUCAAUCGCCGCCGUGAUCGUUAGCCGAGGGGCCAACGACGAGUUGUCCCCGGCGGAGCUGUCCGGCUUCGCUCGAGUACAGCAGGCGGUGGGGAAGCGGGCGGUCAUCGCGACGGCCCCCCUCGCGACGAAUGAUACCUCGCCGAUGGUGGUCGAGGCCAAUACGCUGGCUUCGGCUGCGGUGGCGACGGCGGCGGUGGUGGCACCCCGUGGCAGCGAAGGGAAACCGACCGGGGUCGAAGGCCGGACAAGCACGCCUCGCCGGCAUGAAGGUGGACAGGAAACAGCAUCAGGCACAGUUUUGGGGACGGCAUCAGAAAAACUGCCCACACAAGCACCCGCCGCAGCAAACGCGGUGGCGGCAACGGCGGCGGCGGCGACGGCGGCGACGGCGGCGGCAGCAGCAACUCCAGCGAACGAAGGCGUGCGUUACAUCACGCUGCAGUUCCAUUCCGUCAGCAGCAGGGUGUGAGCAGAAGAUGUUCCAAGGGUGUCGUAGACUAAAUUACGUGUUUCAGUCGCAUGCUGACCGUUGGGCUGUGGCACGGUGAGCGGUAACUUGGCGCGGCGCAGACGUGAUGGGCGCGAACAAAGCCUGUGUGAAGAAAUGGGAGGGGUGGAUUCUAGGAUGCCAUGUUUUAAUUUUUUCCACGAGCGGAUUUUAUAUGGCGAGAGAGAGACGAGUUUCGGCAGGGAUUGUUUGUGCGUAACCCAGUGCACCCCCCCCACCCCCCCGGCGCCCCCUUGAAAUUCUGGCGGGUAUGGAUACUAGAGACCUGGAAACGCCACAUGUUUAGCGCAUGCUGGCAUCAGCCUUGGUCACACGAGUCAGCUAGUGUGGUUUUAUGGCCAAAGUCCGCCUUAUCUUUUAAGCGAUGCUUGUAAGUGCGGUGGACGUUGGCCACAACCACAUGACCCGUGAUGCAAACCUGGCGAUGCGUGAUUGUAGUGCGUGCGGUUGACGAAAGAUUCCGGCGUACACGUGUUUGACGGCGGAAGCCGGGAGCGGGGGGUGAGGUGAGUCGGCGAGAGCGGGAGCGAAGUCUUGAGUGCGUCUGAAGGAGGCACACCAGCCAUGAGCAUUCGCCCCAUAACGUAGAACGCAUCCUGCCAGGACUGAAGCGUGAGGAAGCUUUCAGACCAGUCAAUGGAGUAUCUGUUGAAUCUUGAGCUAGAUACAUAGUACUCUGUUGUGUCCUGCCGGUGUCGUGCUGGUCAGGUUGGGUCAGGUUUAGGUAGGUCUAUCUGCCCGGAACAGUUUGGAGUCAGUAUUGGAUAUGCUUGCACCCCCUGUUUGCUGGGCUAGCUUACCUACGGUGUGGCCCGUGGGUAUGGGGCUUUGGUGCAGUUUGUAGUCGAGGUGCUUCAGCGACUUGUAGUAGUUCGGCUACUUUUACAAAGAAGGGGUCAGAAAAGCCGUGGUGUAAAUAAAGGGUAGUCUCGAUAUUGAGCGUUGUGGUGUGCGCCAGAUGAUCAAUUUAUUUACACCGGUGGGUGUGCCGUUCUAAAUAGUGGUUUUGCUUGCUCUAGCUCUUUCCACCCAGGCCAGG